UUGUAACCUGAACAAAACAGUAAAUUUAAUCAGAAGUGUUGUGAAGAAGAUGGUAGAUUUCAAAAAUUCUUGGAUAGAUAAUGGCUUUGCGAUUAAAGGUGUUGAUGAUGAACUUAUAAUCGAACAGUAUGUGCAAGAUGCUCUCGACUUCAGUUCUCAAUAUGGUAGUGAUAUAAGUAUUUCUUACACUGCCUACAAUAUUUCUGGAAGGCCUAGUAAAUAUCCCGACUAUGGAGAUUUUCCCCAAGCUUUUGUCAUGCGCACUUAUGGUAAGUGGUGGGAUGAAGCACCAAGCCGAACUGUGAAUAUAAUGCCCCAAAAUUCAGGAAAUAUUGUUAGUCAAGACUACAUUGAUGUAACUUUUGAACAAAAAGUAUAUCCCACAAAGGUGAGUAUAUAUGAAACAUACAAUCCAGGUUCAGUUGUGCGUAUUUCUGCUGGUGAUGGUCUUGGGAUGUGGAAAACUCUUUGGGAAGGAGAACCCCAAUGUGUCGGACCUAGUCCGAGAAUUUUUUCUCCUGAAAUUGCAUCAAUUGAAUUUAUGACUUGCUUAUUAAGGAUUGAGUUCGAUCACCAUCAGCUUGAUUAUUAUACUGAGCUGGAUGCAAUUCUACUUGUUGGAUCAUCUUCCCCAAGAAAAAAAGCAGAUGUUGGCAAGAUAACAGCUAAGAUUAAAGGCAUGACAAUUAACACCUUCAACAAUGAGAUAGAUAUAGCUAAUACUCUCAACUCUCUGUCAUCUCUUGCCCAGCAUUACACAGCUCUCUUGGAGGAUAUCAACAAUGAAAUAGAAUCUUCCUGCUUGGUAUCCUGCUCGGGACCCUUUGACCUUUUGCCUGAUGAAACUAUCCUGAGAGUGCUGAGUUUUUUAGAUCUUGCUUCUCUGUCAAGGUGUGCCCGUGUCAAUCGACAUUUUAAUCGUCUGGCCACAGAUACAAUGCUCUAUACUCAGCUUAAUUUGAAGCCCUACUGGAGUUGCCUCAAUGCAAGAGCACUCCAAACAUUGUCCACCAGAUGUCAGCAUUUGCAGAAAUUGGAUCUUUCAUGGUGUGGAAACUAUGCAAUGAUCACAUCUCCAGACAUUGUCGAAUUUAUUCAGGGUUGUGGCAAGCUGUUGACUGUUAUCAGGUUGAACUCUUGUAAAUAUGUCGACAACCGAUGUAUUCAAGAAAUAGCCAUUACUUGCAGAAAUCUUAAAGAAUUGUGCUUGAGGAAUUGUUUCAACAUUACACCAGAUGGUUUUGAAAACCUUAAGAACAUUUCAACACUAGAAAGGCUUGAUCUGUAUAGAACAUAUAUUGAAUCCCCUCCUUUACUAAAGAUUUUGGAAGCAUCUCCUUACUUAAAACAUAUUAAUCUUGGUUCUUGUGUUCGAGUAUCAUCCAUGGACAUAGUUGCUCAAGGAUUAGGUCAGUAUAACAGACAGCUGGUUUCAGUAGACUUUUGGAAGACUUACAGCUUAACGCCCUUGGGUGUCAGGGCAUUGUCCAAUUGCCCAAAUCUUGAGGAGGUAGAUCUUGGAUGGUGUUUAGGAGUAUCCAUCCCAGGUGACUGCAUGAGCUCACUAGCAAAUGGCUGUCCGAAAUUGAAGAAACUGUUUAUGGCUGCAUUGAGGGGCAUCACUGACAGGGAUUUACUUCCUUUCUUGAAAUGUACUCCUGAUUUGGAACAAGUUGAUCUUCUUGGUGUUAGGUCCAUUACACCACACAUGUGCCUCAGGUUUUUGACUACCUUCAAGUCUCUUCGCUUAUUUGAUAUAAGUUUUUGUGAUCAGAUCCAGGAGGAACUAGUUGAAGAAUGGCGACUGCAAUUCCCCAAUGUUUCGAUUAAACGUUCCUUCCAAAGUGAUGGAGUUCCAUCCCCAUUCCAGCAUUAUUAAUUUAAUUAUUACUAUAUCCUGAAGAUUAAUAUCAUUCUUUUUUGAUAUUAUCACAUUAGGGCAGUGGGUAUAUUAAGAUCUUAUGUGCUUGGUGCACCUUCUCAAAGUAGCUGUUAUCCAUUGAGACGAGCUUAAUUCAAAUAUUCACUGGCCAACUUCUGCUUGUUGGUACUGAGAGCAGGUAGUUAAAGUUGAUAUUAUUCUCUCUUACUGUGUGUUUGCUCACACAUCUCUCUGUGAUGGUUUAGUUUUAUCUUUAUUAUAAGUUGAUUAACAUUGAUUGGUUUCCUGGUAAGACUGAUGCAAUAGGAGGACACCCAAUAUGGAAAGGAAAUAAAAAAUUGUCAACUAAUAGCAUUAAAUGCAAAAACUUAAAUAUAUUCAAUCUGUUACAAGAUGGAAUUAUUAACCUUUUAUGUUUCUUAAAAUAUUUAGUUAUUCUUUUUUUAAUUACUAUAUUUUGUUAUUAUAGUAAUUAUUUUAUCAAAAUAUUGGUAAAUAAUUAUUUUCAUAGAAAACCUCCCUCAUGUAACAUUGUACAUUACAAUUUAUUAACUAAUGUGGUUAUCACACAAGUGUUAUAUUAGCUGUCACUAAUUUAUCUUUUUUCUUUCUUUCUCUCAAUUCUUUAAUAUUACUCAUUGUAAUAUGAUACCUGAUAUCUUCAUUUUUAUGAGACAUUGAAUUAAUAAUUUUAGUGUGUAAUGUUACAUAAAGGAAGCUUUUAGUGAUUUAAUAUUAUAUGCUAUUUCUAUUAUUGUUAUGUUCUAAUUUAAUUAAGUUUAAUAUUGUUGAUUUCAGUUUUGAUACAAUUUUAAUUUAUACAUUUUUAAAUUCAGAAUCGUUAUCAAAUGAAAAUUAUGGUCGUUUAAAAAUAUAUUUAUUUUUUAACUUUUUCCUAUUGGUUGUUCUUUCAGAUCUC